UCAGUUGCAAACCCAACCUUGAAAAAGCAAACCUAAAUCACGGUGACUAAAAUGUUGCAGAGGUAGAACUCCGUCCAGACCAUGGCCAGGGGCUUGUCCAUGCCAAGACUAAGUUCCUUACUGAUGCUUCCGAAAAUCCCGCAUCCUCCAUGGAAGAGGAUGACUCCCCUCCGUUUGCCUGCAGAUGGUUCUCUUGGGAGAACUGUCAAGUUUGAAGAGCCUUAGGACAGUCAGAGGCCCUGAAUUAUUUCACCUCGGGGGAGAGAAGGAUUUUUGCAGCCCAAGAACCUCUUGCCCCCAAGUUUUGGAAGGGGGGGUUGAAGACUUGUCACCCAUCUGGGGGUGCACGAAGGGUACCGCUUUUCUUUCUGUGUCAACUUGGUUUUGUGGAGGUUUGGAAGAGAAUUUUGCCUGGGAGAAGAGGAUGAUGUGGAAGUGGCUGGGCGCCCUGCUGCUCUUCCCGGUGCAGAUGGUGUAUCUGGUGGUGAAAGCUGCCGUGUGCCUGGUGCUGCCGCCCAAGCUCCGGGACCUGUCCCAGGAGAACGUGCUGGUCACCGGCGGGGGCCGCGGCAUCGGUCGCCACCUGGCCCGGGAGUUCGCCAGGAGAGGAGCCAGGAAGAUCAUCCUGUGGGGUCGGACUGAGAAGUGCCUGAAGGAGACCACGGAGGAGAUCAGGCUGAUGGGCACAGAGUGCCACUAUUUCAUCUGUGACGUGGGGAACAGGGAGGAGGUCUAUCGGCAGGCCAAGGCCGUCAGGGAGAAGGUGGGUGACAUCACCAUCCUGGUGAACAAUGCUGCUGUGGUCCAUGGGAAGAGCUUGAUGGACAGUGAUGAUGAUGCACUGCUCAAAUCCCAGCACAUCAACACCCUGGGACAGUUCUGGACCACCAAGGCAUUCCUGCCAAGGAUGCUGGAGCUGCAGAAUGGACACAUUGUCUGCCUGAACUCUGUCCUGGCCUUGUCAGCCAUCCCUGGUGCCAUUGACUAUUGCACCUCCAAAGCCUCCUCCUUUGCCUUUAUGGAGAGCCUGACCCUGGGGCUGCUGGACUGUCCUGGAGUGAAUGCCACAACAGUGCUGCCCUUCCACACCAGCACAGAGAUGUUCCAGGGCAUGAGAAUCAGGUUCCCCAGUCUUUUUCCUCCCCUCAAGCCAGAGACUGUGGCGAGGAGGACAGUAGAAGCUGUUCAGACAAACCAAGCCUUCCUGCUCCUUCCAUGGACAAUGCAUGUUCUUGUCAUCCUAAAAAGCAUCCUCCCUCAGGCGGCACUUGAAGAAAUCCACAAGUUUUCCGGGAGCUACACCUGCAUGAACACUUUUAAAGGAAGAACAUAGAGCUGAUGGCACAGGGACUGUUCCUCAGUGAGCCCCACACUGAGCAUGAAACCCCUGACAGGACUGGGAAUCAGCAGCCUUGGCUUUUAGCCUGUUCAUGUGACUUGUGCUGCUCUGAGGCAACGCAUUUCUUGCAGGUCAUAUCCAUAGUAACGUGACCUUUGCACAGGAUUGAGUGACUGGACUGUGGACCCUUGGAAAGAAAAAAACAAAACGUGUGAAAUGUUUCUAUGAUGUUUAAUUCUUUAGAGUUCGAUUGGUUAAAUCUACUCAUAGUUUUUAAGAUGUAAUUUUUGUUUCUGAAGUGUCCGUGGGCUGCCCCAGUGGAGAGGCAGCACUUCCCAUCCCAAACACACUUUGUCCCCUCUCUUCAGAGGAAGUGCCACUGGUUUCAUUUCUGCUUUUUGAAGGGGGAACUGAAAAAGUACUUUGAGGAACUAAAAGUUACGGACAUUUAAUGGAAGUUUCUCUGCCUUCCUUUGCUUUCCAUCCCUUGCUUCACUUUCCAUUCCAUGAUGAAGCUGUUCCCAGCAUACACUGGGGAAGGAGCAAACCUUGGAGCAGUGUUGUCUUUGCUAAAGGCCACCCAGGACUUCUGUCUGGAGGGACUGAGCUGGGCCCAAAAAAACUUGUUGUACUUCACCUGUGGAGGGUGGACAGGAAGGCUCAGGCAGCAGAGCAGUUCAAAUAGUGGAAGAUUCUUUCUGUCACUGAACUCAUAUAUGAAAUUUGUCAUUCUGAAUUUUUUUGUUCAUUUAUGAUUGACCAUAAAUACAUUUUUAGCAUUAA